CUCUCAGCCCUCCUCGCCUGCCAUGACGCCGAGCGACGACGACGUGCGCGCCGCCGCAGCCCCGCUGCUGAGCGCCUCGCCGCGCCCGGGCCAGGCACGCCUGCUCGCCGCGCUGCUCUCGGCGCACCCCGACUGGGCGCUCGAUGAGGCGCGCCUGGCCGAGCUGCUGCCGCCGCCGGCCAGCGCCGACGCCGACGACGAUGACGACGACGGCUCAGACGACGGCCAGGCGCCGGCGGCGGGCGAGGGGAAGAAGAAGAAAAAGAAGAAGAAGCCCAAGAAGUCCAAGGCGGCGCGCGCCCGCGACGCCGCCGUGCCCGUGUCGCACAUCGACGCCUCCGUCGAGCUGCCGGCGGGCGUGCGUGCCCACUACUUCGACGCCGUCAAAGGCAAGGGCCUCGUGGCGGACCGCGCGUUCGCCGAGGGCGACGUCGUGUGGGUCGAGGACGCGUGGGUCGCGGCACCGCCGGCCAUCGCGCUCGCAGACGUGUGGCAGGGCGAGCUGUGCGGCCAGUGCUUCCUGCCCAUUGAGGGUGCCAGACUGGCGGUGCGGUGUGGUGGGAGCUGCAAGAUUCGGUUCUGCAACCGAGUAUGCGAGCAGCGAGGGCAGAGCACGCACCACCGCAUGCUGUGCGUCCGGCAGAACCCGACUUCCAAGGCGUUCCUCGACUACCUCGGCCAGCACAAGUGGCUGUCGCUGCACUCCGUUGCACGAGCUUUGGCGCGCGUGCUGCUCACGCACUCUUCGACGCCUCCACCUUCGGUGCGGCACGGCUUCGGGCCAGCAACAGCGCGGCCAUCGACGAUGCGCGGCAUGGCGGCGCCGGCAGCGACGCUGGAAGAGACGCUCGAGCACCUCGACGCCUUUGCCAGCGUGUCGGAGAUGCAGCGCCGCUCGCGCAACCCGGCGUGGGACCUCGAGCGCAGCGGCUUCGAGAGCGCCAUGCGUGAGGGCCUGCGCCUGCUGCGUCUGGCCAUCGAUCCGUGGGACGAGAGCGUGAAGGACAAGGGCAACAAGGGUGUGGUGCGGCAGUUCCCGGAGAAGGUCGCGCGCGACUUGUUCAGCUGGGAGGGCUUCCUGCGGCAUCUGGGACGGGCGAAUCUGAACACCGAGGCGCAGGGCGGCAUGUACCUCGUGCAUUCGAUGCUGAACCAUGCCUGCGACCCGAACCUGCGCGUCAGCCAUCCGCCGCUGCGCUCCAUCCGGCAGGCGACGAAGGUCGGCGUGCUGGCCACGCGAGCCAUCGCGCCGGGCGAGGAGCUCUUCAUCUCGUACCAGUCGCCCGAGCUGUCGCUGGCGCGGCGGCGGCUGCUGCUGUGGCGCGAGUACCUGUGGGGGCCGUGCACCUGCACGCGCUGCCUCGCCGACCUGGAGCAGCUGUCGCCGGCGGCGCGCCGCGAGCACGAGGCGGCCGGCGGCUGGAAGCACGACGAGCACGAGGCGCAGGAGGUGCAGCGCCGCCGCGAGCAUGCGCAGCGUCUCGACGCCCUCGAGGAGGAGCGCCGGCAGAAGCUGCUGAGCGAGGGCAAGGACCCCGAGCGCAACCUUGACGGCCUCGAGGACGAGAUCCGCACGCGCCUGGGCUUCUAGAAGGAGCGCCGCCCGUGCGUGCCUAGUAAAUAGAGUGUCACAGUCAUCUGCA